AUGCAGAGUAACGUUUUCAUUGGUGUUAAACCAUCUUUAAAUCAUACUGUUGGAAAUCUAACCAAUUCAAACGAAUAUAUAAAAAACGAUAUUUUUUCUGGAAAUUACGAUUAUAUCCUCUUGCCAAUAACAAAUUCAAGAUAUAAGGAAACAGUAAAACAUUACAUAAAAGAUUUUAAGGAUUCCCAAGACAAGACAUUUUGCAGUGAUCUAACUAUACCUGAACCUCAAUUACAGGAUAUAUCGAUAUCACCUUUUAAUGGAGGGUCGCAAGAAGAAGCUCCAAGAUAUAUUGGUCUACUAUCAUCAUGGCUAGAACUGGAGAGUCCUGAUUUACUUCAGAGAUCAUUAGCCUUCCAAGUUCUCCUGAAUGAAUGUCGAUAUGCCAAAUACGUUGGAAUAAAAAAACUAAUUUUAGCUCCACCUAAAGAUUUAGUUAAUUUACAGGAUUAUUCUCAAAUUGUUGCAAGAUUACUAAACUCUGAUAUUUUUAGGCCAGGACAAGAUGCUACUCAACAAAAUACAGAAAGAAUGAUACUCUCUAUAUCAUUGCCGUUGUGCGAAGAUAGUGAUCCAUUGGCAACCUGGGAAAUCUGGAACACAGUUAGAAAAUUAUGUGAUUUCCAUCCUUCUUUAACUAUUUCUCUGGCUAUAUCCAAGGUUAAAACACCAAACUAUGUACUGAACAGAUGGCUUUGUGAACCUGUAAGUUGUCUAUUAGUAUCAUCGUCCAUUUUUGCUACCAAUAAAUAUGGGUAUCCUGUACUUUAUAAAUUUAAUCAAAAUUUGAUUAGAAAAUUCCAGGACAUAAAUGGAAAUUCACAAACUACUUCAAACGAUCUGUGUGUAUUGCUCCAUGGAAUGGAAAAGUAUGCUUACAGUGUCAAUGGUGGUGAAAACUCUUACUUAGCCUACAUUAAUCAUUUAUUAAAGAAGGGUGACCAGGCUAUGUUAUCUGAAUGUAUAAAUGGGUCCAAUGAACCUUAUCUUUUAUCCCCACUGAAGCCCAAUAGUGAAAAUCUAACAAAUGAAAUAUAUUCAAACUUUGAAAAAGAUGAAGUCAAAUAUGACAUGUAUGAGAAAGCAAUAGAAAAGGCUAUAUGCAACAUCAAAAAUUUUAUUGAUAAUUCUUCACAAUUCACAAUUUUAAUUGCAGGUGCUGGACGUGGUGCAAUAGUGGAUAAGUUAUAUCAAGUCAUAAUGAAACAUAAUAUCAUAAAUCGAGCAAGAAUAUUGGCAUUGGAGAAGAAUCCUGAAGCGUGUUUAUAUCUACAAAAGAGAAAUUUUGAAUAUUGGAAUAGCCGAGUAGAAUUGAUUAAAGAAGAUAUGAAAACUUGGAAAGACCCAACUAUCAAAAUUGACAUAUGUAUUAGUGAAUUACUUGGAUCCUUUGGAUGUAAUGAGUUGUCUCCUGAAUGUCUAUUUGAAAUUGAAAAAUAUCACGGUAAACCGAAUACAAUUUAUAUUCCCAAAUCCUAUUCCUCAUAUGUUGCACCAAUCACAUGUCCGUUGAUAUAUCAAAAAUUAAAAGAUACAAAUGAUCGAAAAAAAAAUUUACAAUCUUUUUGGGUAUUACACAAAAUUCCAUAUCAAGUACUUUCAUCAAAGAUUAGUAAAGUAUGGACUUUUAAACAUCCCAUGAUUAGAGCCAAUUUUACUCAGCAAUAUACCACAGUUUUUAAACUGAAACAACGAGGGGAAAUCCAUGGUUUAAUUGGAUUUUUCACUGCAAUACUAUAUGAUGAAGAAACAAUCCUCUCCAUCAUCCCAGAUGGUCAUAUAGUUAAAGACAAAUUAGAAAACUAUCACAUGCAUAACAUGGAAAAUAUUUUUCAUACCAAAGACAUGAUAUCAUGGUCUCCUAUAAUAUUCCCGCUUGAACAACCAUUGCCUAUAGUAGAUGAUACAGAGGUAUCUUUAUCAAUAUCAAGAUUACAUAAUGGUAGGGAGGUAUGGUAUGAAUGGUCUAUGGAAAGUUUUAUGUACUUUGUUGUUCCUGAAGAAAAAGUAAGACAAAUAAACAAUCACACUAGUCUCUCAAAAGAUGUAUCAAAUAAUAACCAUGAUCAUAAUAUUUAUAUAAUGCCUAAAACAAAAUACAUGGGGUAUAGGGAUAUGAGCACAUUUGAAGAAGUUACAAAUACCAAAAAUCCAAAUCCAAAUCUAAAUCUAAAUCUAAAUCCCAAAUCAAAUUUAAAUUCAAAUUCAAACUCUAGUUUGACCUUGAGUAAAAGUAAAAAUGCAAACGCAAACACGAAUACAAAUAUUAGCUCCAAUCUUGAAGAUUCACAACAAAAUUCUUUAUUAAAAAACAAGAACUUUGUUAACUUAACAACAGACAAUGAGGAAGAUGAAAAAGCUCAAGAUUUCGCUUUACAAAACUUUAAUAGCGGCUGGCAAAGUGUCAAUGAUAUACAUGGUUGGGUUACUGAUGAUCCAAUACUGGCACAAGAACAUGGCACGUAUAUUCAUAAGGAUAUUAAUCCAACUCCAACAUUUAAUCUAAGUAAAAACGAUUCUAAUAAUACUCACACUUCUCCGCCCAAUCAUUAUUUAAGUUCUCCACCUCCACAUAAGCCAAUGAUCAUCCUUCCCCAACAGCUAGAUUUAGAACCUAUAAAUGAAGAAUAUAUAUCUCAAGAAAUCCAUAUGCGUGUGAAAACCGGUUCGACUACUAUACACAAUAUUGGUGGGCAUGCCUUUUCAAUUCCAAUAUAG